AAAUUGCGUAGUGCGCGGCGCGCGGCUGGGCGCGCUGGCUAGCUUGGGGCUUCUUGGAGCCCGCCCUCUCCCUCUCUCUCGCCUAAGGGCGCUGCUGGCUGCCUUCUGGCUGGCUUUGGGGUGACUGAAUCCUCGUUGGGCUGCCCAGAGCUUUGACCCGUGUAGACUUACGCCCCAAACCCCUUCCCGGUCGGAACCAGGCCGGAACAUGGCUGCAUGGGGGCUGGAUCAUCUCAAAAAUGACUACAGAAGAAGAUUUUGCCGACCUUCCAGGGCACCUGACAUUAAUACGGAACAAGGCAAGAAUAUACUGGAAGUCUUACUAGACUGUUUUGAAGAAAAAAGUGUUGCCAAUGAUUUUAGCAAAAAUGCCACAAAAUCAGUGCCUUAUUCAACACCUAAAACAAAAGAUAUUUGUAUUCAGUCAUCAAGCAAAGAGACUCAGAGCCAGAAAUCACAUCCAAAGUCAGGUCCAGUUUCUUCAAGGAAGAAAGAAGCCCCUCUGCAGUUAACUGUAGAACCAAAUGAAGCUGUCAGCAAAUCAGUUCAGGACCAUGAGGUUCAUCAGAAAAUUUUGGCAACUGAUGUUCGUUCUAAAAAUACAUCUGACUUGAGAAAGAUGUCAAGUAAAAAACUAAAAGAUAAUCACAGUAAAGCUGAUGAGGAGUGUUACUUAUCUAUUGGCUCACCUUUUGACCUGGAUAUAAAAGCAUCUUCAUUGCAAAAGGGUAGUCCAUCUGUUGCCCAAAAGAGAGAGACCUACACUUCCGACAAUUCAGUAAAUAUGCUAUCUUCAAGUACAGAGAUUUCUCAUAAAACCAGAAAAAGGUUAAACUUUGAAGAUAAAGAUGUUUUGAAGAAAGUAGAAAUAAUGAAUGAAGUAUCAGAAAUAGAGGAUAAAGUAUCAGAAGGACCGCAAGAAAGGAGACAGUCAGAAACAUCUCAAGAAAGAAUACAAGAUUCAGGAUAUGAAAAUCAACCGCGAGCUAGGAAGAGUUUUUCAACAUUGUUUUUAGAAACUGUGAAAAGAAAAAGUGAAUCCAGUUCUGUUGUUAGGCAUAUAGCAACUGUUCCACCUCAUUUAUCUCCUGCAAAUAAUUUGAAGUUAUUGGAAGAUGAGUUUAUAAUUGAUGAAUCAGAUAAAAGUUUUGUCAGUCAACCUUGGAUUACUAUACCAAGAAAGACUGGGCCUCAGAAGCAGCACACAGCAUCCCCUGCUGAGAGCACUGUCCUUCAAAAGAAGAAGUCAAGAGGAAAACAUGACAAUGUAUCAUCUAUGGCUUUGACAAGUAACAAGCAUCCUGGCAAAACUCACCCAGUAGAGAAAUCUCAACCCUCUGAACAAAACAUGCUGGGUGGGAGUUGUGCUUUGACAGAUGAAGUAGAAAAUAAUUGUAAAUCUACAAAAUAUGAAAUACAUUCUGAGAAUGCAGAAAAAGCAUCUGGAGCCAAAAGGACUAUAAAACCAAAACAGAGAACAAAAUCUAAGGCCAGUGUACCCAGAGAAGAAGUUGAUGUGAUGCAAUCUAAAGUUAAAAAUAUAUCACAUACCGUCCAAGACAAGUUACAAAGAAAUUCAGACAAAAAUAUGGAAGAGGGUGAAGAGAUAAGCAUUAGCAUUUCCAAAAAUCAGUUGCUCUCUGUGGGAAGCAAGAAAGGUAACAUCAAUGUUCCUCACAAAAAGAAUCAGAAAAAAGAUAAGGAAUGCAAAAAGAAGCAUUUUUCAAGUGGAUCCAAGAAGAACAAAAUUGAACCUGAAGAAUUAACUUCAACUGUCACAAGAAGUCGAAGAAUUUCUAGACGCCCAUCUAAUUGGUGGGUGGUAAAAUCAGAGCAGAGUCCUUUUUCUAGCAAUUCUUUAGUAAGAAAUGAACUGUCAGUGUAUAACAGUAGACAAAAACCACCUGCUGAAAAAACAAACCAAUCAUCUAAGAAUAUUGGGAAAAAAGCUGUUCCAUUUAAAAAGCAGAAGAGAGCUAACGAAGGCAGCUCAGGAGCACAGAAGGUUUUAUGUGCUAAAGAUUCUGGUGGUUCCCAGAAUGAGUCAUUGGGAAGCAAUGAAGCAGACCUGGCUAAGAAGAAAAAUCCUAAUCCUUCUGGAGAUACAGGAAACUCAGAGAACCAAGAUAGUAUGGCUGCACAAAAUGAACUCAGGAGGGAGUUAGAAUUGGGCUGUACCUUUUGAAAGAAGCAUAUAUUACAAAAGCACAAAUUUUGUGGUUUCCUUUUUUUCUUAAGUGGACCUUUUCGGCUCAAGAAUUAUUUAACGUCUGGAAAGAAUAAUUCAGAUGUGGAUGAUAAUGUAGUUCAGGAAAAUUUGAAUGAUUCAAGAGGAGAAAUAUCUAAUUCAACACCAGAGAGCAAGAUGCAUCACAAAUUAGUAUUGCCCUCCAACACACCAAAUGUUCGCAGAACUAUGAGAACACGAUCAAAACCUUUGGAAUACUGGCGAGGGGAACGAAUAAAUUAUCAGGGAAGGCCAUCAGGAGGAUUUGUGAUUGGUGGAAUACUGUCCCCAGACACAGUAUCAUCUAAAAGGAAAGCAACAGGAAACUUGGGAAGAAUCAUUACAACAGCUAAUAGGAAAAGAAUCUGUCUUGAAAAUGAUGAAAGAAAGAAUAAAUUCAUGGUAAAUCUGAAUAUACCUCUGGGAGAUCCUCUGCAGCCAACAAGGGUAAAAGACCCAGAAACACGAGAGACUGUUCUUAUGGAUCUUAUAAGGCCACGAGAUACAUACCAAUUUUGUGUUGAACAUGAUGAGUUGAAAGUAUAUAAAACAUUGGAUACACCGUUUUUUUCUACUGGAAAAUUGAUAUUAGGACCAAAUCAAGAAAAGGGAAAGCAGCAUGUAGGCCUUGAUACAUUGGUUUUUUAUGUUAAUCUUGGUCACCUUUUAUGUACCUUACAUGAAACACCUUAUAUAAUAACAACUGGGGAUUCAUUCUAUGUUCCUUCAGGUAAUUAUUACAACAUCAAAAAUCUCCUGAAUGAGGAAAGUGUUCUUCUUUUUACUCAGAUAAAAAGUUGAAAGAUGAAGCAAAGUUUAAGUACAUGUGUAUAUAUAUAAACAUACAUACAUAUAAAACACAUUGUGCAGUUGAGAUGGCUAUAUUUGUAAUUGUUAAGUUUUAAAAUUUCUGUGUUGUAUAUUUGUUUCAGUAAACAUCAAACUUCUAUAUGUAUCUUCUAAUUUUUACAGAUAUACACAUCACCUGUAGUGUUGCCCAUAUUCAUAGUUUUUAAUAACAUGAAUACCAAAAUCACUGCUCUCGGGGAUAUACAGACAAACCUUGGAAAUGUCAUGGGUUUGAUUCCAGACCACCACAAUAAAGCAGAUAUUGUAAUAAAGUGA